AUGCUACUCAACAAUGUACGGGAUGGACUACUCGCUGGUUUCGAGUUCUCGAUCAUCGUCGACUCUGCCUGGAAGUGGUCUGAAAUUACCGUCGCUGCCGAGACGGAGGAAAAUAAUGAUCGCACUGGCUACUUUAGGGUCUAUGAGACAGUCAACCCUACCAAAUUGGCAUUCCAAGGAUCAACCUUUGGUUACUCGCAUAUCCCAGAACAGGACGCUACUAUCCAUCCAGAAAAUAGCGGCCUUCUGCAACAAGAUAGCUCAAUAUCACAACAACUAGCUAGAGACGGCUGGGCUCUCCGCGCGUUGAUUGAUGACUGUACGGCUAAUCACCCUGAAUGCAAGCAGCAGUCCAUGCUGCUCCAUGUCUCUGGAAAGUCAACUUCAACGACUGUGCGGCUCGUCAAAGUGUCGGAACUUGAGGCUGUCCCAAUCCGCUACGUCUGCUUGAGCUACUGUUGGGGCGGAUUACAGCCAAACAUGACAACUACUAGCCGAUUGAAUUCAUACAGAGCUGGAAUCAACACGACAGAAAUCCCCCAAACAAUCCUUGAUGCUAUCUGUGUCACCAUUAGCAUGGGCUACCAGUACAUGUGGGUGGAUUCGUUCUGCAUUGUGCAAGACAGCGGGCCAGACAAAAUUACCGAACUGGGUCAGAUGGGAUCCAUCUACUCAGGAGCCGCCUGUACAAUCUGCGUCAUGUCGGCCAAUAGCGCGACCGAAGGCUUCUUGCAACAUACUUACCCAGAUGACAGUGAGGACCAGUCAAUACGCACGUGGCACGCAGGUAUAUACGAAGUCAGUAGCCAAGAAGCGGAUGCUAUACUGGAAAGACGCUGCGAUUUCUCCUCCCAUAACAUGCUUGAAAGUCCAAUCCUGGAACGAGGCUGGACUUUCCAGGAGGCGCUCCUUAGUCCACGGCUUGUCAUGUUCUUUCCUUACGGCCAGCGGCCUGCAUUGCGUUGCUCCAAAUACACUGUUCAAACUGAUGGCGGUAAGCCCGUAGUGCACCCGAAGCCCCUAGUCCCUAGUGAUCCUCAAGGAACUAGAGCGAGUGAUUGA